AUGAAUUCAAGCUACGCACAGAAAUAUGGGCUGCCGAAGUAUAUAUCAAUAUCAGACUAUCUUUUCCACCGGCUCAAUCAACUGAACAUUCAUACUAUAUUUGGACUUUCUGGAGAGUUCAGCAUGCCUUUGUUGGAUAAACUUUACAAUAUUCCAAACUUACGGUGGGCUGGUAAUUCCAAUGAGUUGAAUGCUGCCUAUGCAGCGGAUGGAUACUCACGACUAAAAGGCCUGGGUUGUCUUAUAACAACUUUUGGUGUAGGAGAAUUAUCGGCAAUCAAUGGCGUAGCCGGAUCUUACGCUGAACAUGUAGGGAUUCUUCAUAUAGUCGGUAUGCCACCAACUAGUGCGCAAACAAAACAGCUACUGUUACACCACACUUUAGGAAAUGGUGAUUUUACUGUAUUCCAUAGAAUAGCCAGUGAUGUUGCAUGCUAUACAACGUUAAUUGUUGACUCUGAAUUAUGUGCUGACGAAGUCGAUAAAUGCAUAAGGAAAGCCUGGAUAGAACAGAGACCAGUGUACAUGGGUAUGCCCGUUAACCAGGUAAAUCUCCCGAUUGAAUCUGCUAGGCUAAAUACUCCUUUGGAUUUACAAUUGCCUAAGAACGAUCCAGACGUAGAAAAAGAGGUAAUUUCUCGAAUAUUGAGUUUUAUGUAUAAAAGUCAGAACCCCGCAAUCAUCGUAGAUGCAUGUACAAGUAGACAGAAUUUAAUCGAAGAGAGUAAAGAGCUUUGUAGUAGGCUCAAAUUCCCAGUUUUUGUUACACCAAUGGGUAAGGGCACGGUAAACGAAACGAUUCCGCAAUUCGGAGGCGUAUUCACAGGAUCCAUAUCGGCCCCAGAAGUCAGAGAAGUGGUGGAUUUUGCCGAUUUUAUCAUCGUAAUUGGUUGCAUGCUAUCCGAAUUUAGCACAUCAACUUUCCACUUUCAAUAUAAAACAAAAAAUUGCGCACUACUAUAUUCUACAUCUGUAAAACUGAAAAACGCUACAUAUCCCGACUUGAGCAUCAAACUAUUACUACAAAAAUUAUUAGCAAGUCUGGAUGAAUCCAAACUAUCUUACAGACCAAACGAACAACCCAGCAUGAUGGUUCCAAGGCCUUAUCCAGCAGGAAAUGUUCUCUUGAGGCAAGAAUGGGUGUGGAAUGAAAUAUCUCAUUGGUUCCAACCAGGGGACAUAAUCAUAACAGAAACAGGUGCUUCUGCAUUUGGAGUCAACCAAACUAGAUUUCCAGUAAACACACUUGGUAUAUCUCAAGCGCUCUGGGGAUCUGUCGGAUACACUAUGGGAGCGUGUCUUGGGGCGGAGUUUGCAGUUCAAGAGAUAAAAAAAGAUAAAUUCCCCGUAACUAAACAUAGAGUUAUUCUGUUCAUGGGUGAUGGUGCCUUCCAAUUGACGGUCCAAGAGUUAUCUACAAUUGUCAAAUGGGGAUUGACGCCUUAUAUUUUUGUUAUGAACAACCAAGGUUACUCUGUUGACAGGUUUUUACACCACAGGUCAGAUGCUAGUUAUUAUGAUAUCCAGCCUUGGAAUUACCUAGGAUUAUUACGUGUGUUUGGUUGCACAAAUUACGAAACCAAAAAGAUUAUCACUGUUGGAGAAUUCAGAUCUAUGAUUGAUGAUCCUGAGUUUGCAAUCAACGACAAAAUUCGAAUGAUAGAGAUUAUGCUACCGCCAAGAGAUGUUCCACAAGUACUGCUUGAUAGAUGGGUAGUGGAGAAAGAGCAAAGCAAACAAAUACAAGAGGAAAACGAAAACUCCAGUGCAUUAGACACGCCAACGCCAGAAUUUCGACCACUUCUAAAAAAAAUCAAACUAGAUACAGAUCUCAUUUCUCCACCUUAUUAUCAAGGUCCUCCAUGA